AUGUCUUCAGCUUACAAGCUCAUGAUCAUGUCUCAAAGCCGCCUCUUUAGCUCUCUUCUUUCUGCUCUUACUCUUAUCUGCUUGGUCGGUACAGUCUCUGCUUCUCCUUCUCUGCACCCAGAUGAAGUGAAAGCGCUUAAAGAUAUUGCAUCGGCACUCGGUGUCAAGCACCUGAACCUAAGUGAAGAUCCAUGUCUCACAAAGACUCUGAUGAUAACUCAAGAUGUUCUUAAGGAAGGAAAGAACAGCACAAUCAAAUGUGACUGUCAUUUCAACAACAACAAAACUUGUCAUAUCACACAAUUUGACUUGUGCCGUAAUUAUCUUUAUGGCUCAAUUCCUAUGGAAUGGGCAUCACUGCCUUACCUCACAUCAAUCUCUGUUUGUUCGAAUCGCUUAUCAGGAGACAUUCCCAAAGGAUUGGGGAAGUUUAUUAACCUCACCAAACUAGAUCUUGAAGCCAAUCAGUUUUCUGGAACCAUCCCUAAGGAGCUUGGCAACCUGGUUAACCUAGAAGGAUUCCGUUUCAGCGAUAAUCGCCUUAAUGGAUCCAUCCCAGAGUUUAUCGGGAACUUUUCUAAACUUACAAGAUUAGAACUCUAUGCGAGUGGCCUAACCGAACCUAUUCCAGACUCUAUUUUUCGACUAGAGAGUUUGUCCGACCUGGUUCUCAGAAACAUGAACUUAACAGGACCUAUCCCAACCACUAUCUGGGAUCUUCCCAAUCUCAUGACUCUUGAUCUUUCCUUUAAUAGACUGACUGGAGAAAUACCAGCAGAUGCAACAGCGCAAAAAUAUACAUAUUUGGCUGGAAAUAUGUUGUCAGGAAAAAUUGAAUCAGGACCUUUCCUUACUGCAAGCACCAAUAUUGAUCUUUCUUACAAUAACUUCACAUGGUCUCCAAGCUGCAGAGAGAGAACUUAUGAGUAUGAUCUUGAAAGAAAUUCACCUUCUGUAGACAGUAGGUCGCUUCAUAUAAACUGCGGGGGACCUGAUGUAACUAUCAAAAACUCUCGAGGAAGGUUUUUAUAUGAGGGUGAUAACUCUGGACUAACCGGUUCAGCUAUGACCUAUCAUGGUAAAAACUGGGGAUACAGCAAUACCGGUGACUUUAUGGAUGAUGCAAUAACAGAAGAUACCUACUCAGUUUCAUCAGAUUCUGUAGUAUCAGCAAAAUAUCCUGAGCUAUACAAGACAGCUCGACGUUCUCCCCUGAGUCUGGCCUACUUUGCUUUUUGUUUUGAAAAUGGAAGCUACAAUGUGAAACUCCAUUUUUCAGAGAUUCAGUUCUCAGAUGAAGAACCAUACUCUAGACUAGCUAAACGGUUCUUUAACAUUUACGUUCAGGGUAAGUUGAUUUGGGAAGAUUUCAAUAUUAGAGUAGAGGCUAAUGGAUCUCACAAGGAAGUUAUAAAGGAAGUGAACACGACGGUAACUGAUAACACUUUAGAGAUACGGCUUUACUGGGCUGGGAAAGGCACAACCAUCAAUCCUAAGAGAGGGAACUAUGGUUCUCUUAUCUCUGCAAUCUCAGUUUGUCCCAGUUCUGAAACUGAAUGUGGAGUUGAAGUGCAGACUCUUCUAGUGACAAAAGAACACAAACCAAGAAAAUAUCCUCUCAUUCUCGGCAUAACAACAGCCUUAAUAUUCUCUCUUGCUUUCUUGAUUUUCGGCGCAUUCUAUUGGAAGAAAUGUGUUAAAAAUGCAGAUGCAGGAAAGAGAGGUUCCUUCAGUUUGAAGCAACUUAAAGUUGCAACUGACAAUUUUGAUCCCUUAAACAAGAUUGGAGAAGGUGGCUUUGGAUCUGUAUAUAAGGGAAGAUUACCAGAUGGAACUUUGAUAGCAGUAAAGAAGCUAUCUUCGAAAUCACGUCAAGGUAACAAAGAGUUUGUAAACGAGAUUGGUAUGAUCGCUUGCCUCCAGCAUCCGAAUCUUGUGAAGCUUUAUGGAUGCUGCUGUGAGAAUAAUCAGCUUCUUCUUGUCUAUGAGUACUUGGUGAACAAUUGUCUUGCUGAUGCUUUAUUUGGAAGAAGCGGUCUGAAACUAGAAUGGGGAACAAGACACAAAAUAUGCGUAGGAAUAGCGAGAGGGCUUGUGUUUCUUCAUGAAGAUUCAGCGGUUAAGAUCAUUCACAGAGACAUCAAAGGGACAAAUGUACUGCUUGACAAGGAUCUGAACUCAAAGAUUUCGGAUUUUGGGUUGGCUAGGCUCCAUGAAGACGAAAAGAGCCACAUUACCACCAGAGUUGCUGGAACAAUAGGAUACAUGGCUCCUGAAUAUGCAAUGAGGGGUCACUUAACAGAAAAAGCAGAUGUUUACAGCUUUGGUGUGGUGGCAAUGGAGAUCGUUAGCGGGAAGAGCAAUGCUAAUUACACACCAGAUAAUGAAUGUUGCGUUGGUCUUCUUGAUUGGGCGUUUGUUUUACAGAAGAAAGGAGCUUUCUCAGAGAUUCUAGAUCCAAAGCUGGAAGGAGUGUUCGAUGUGUUGGAGGCAGAGAGAAUGAUAAAGGUAUCGCUUCUAUGUUCCAACAAGUCUCCGAGCUUAAGACCAACCAUGUCGGAAGUUGUGAAGAUUCUUGAAGGUGAGACAGAGAUACAACAGACCAUCUCAGACCCUGGAGUGUAUGGAGAUGAGCUAAGGUUUAAAAGAUCGUCGGAGAUUGGGACAUCGUCUUUACCUUCAGAUUACAUCGUGUCAAUACCUUCGUCUUGUGUAUCUACUUACGAUCUGUACCCUCUUAGUCCAGAGUCCAUUGUUUUCUCUAGACCGUAGCUUAAACAGUCUGUGGUUAACCAUUACAAUUAUGAAACAUGUCCUGAUACAAUUACACGUUAAAUUGUAUACUCUGACUUUGUUUAGCAUUUUC